CUUUUAUUUUAUUUUAUAAACAUGCCUUCUGAUCACGCCGUCAAAGUUGUCUACAAGGGUGCCGACAGUAACGAAUUCUUUGUCAUUGCUAAUGCUGAUAUGGUCACCAAGUGGAAGAGCGACAAGACUGUGCCUCUCGUCGAUGUUGUUCAAUCUUUUGAUGUCUUUACUACCACCAACAAGAGUAACACAGGUGAAUACAUUAGUCCUUCCAAGGGUCUUUUAGAAAGCACUUUUAACACCACCAAUGUUGAUGAUAUUGUCAAGAAGAUCCUUUCUGAAGGUGAAGACAAGGGUCUUUAAAUUUCUCUUUCUCUUUUUUUUUGUCUCUUCUAUUGUGUACAUAAUAAACCAAUGUAUUUUAUAAACCAAAA